AUUUGUUUGGACCCUGAAAAUCUCCUCUUGAUGUGUUUUUCCUGUUUGCAAAGUUUAACAACACCAUGCUCAAUUAGAAGAGACAAACGAUCUAGUAACGCCUGAAUACGAACUCAUCCAUGGCAUUGCCAUACAGGCCUAUCAGGGCCGCUCCUGUGAAGAAGGGGACAACUCCCCUAGGACCUCUUACCGAGCGAGCUGUGUUGAAGCGCUCGGCGAUCGUCAAGUCAGCAUGCUUAGAAUGCCGAAAAAGAAAGGCAAAGUGCGAUGGACAAAAACCAGUUUGUAUCAGCUGUUCGAAAAACGACCGAGAAUGCGUAUACGACUCCGACAUCAGGGAAUUGCGGGUCAGGGGUCUACAGCAGGCGAACCAAAAGCUCCAAGACGAACUGGCAGCCGCAAAGCUUUUGAUGAGGCAGAUGGCCAAUGGCUCUGCUCAAUUGAGAGGUGCCGUGUCGGAGUUGCUGGAGGAAGAGAAACAACCGUCCGAGAUAUCCGAGCUGCUGAAAAGCCACGGUACCACCAAUCUGAGGACAGACGAGGCGGAUGAUAGUCGCCUUCCUAGCAGAUUGAACGAUCCAAUACUAGACGAGGUUGAUAAUGGCACUUCGCAUUCCUUUCCAGUGGAUGACUUCGAGUCCUUCAGUGCAGACAGCUCGAGUAUGAAGCAAGAAGAGUCUUCGCCGGAUAGUGACUUGUGCAUUGCCGUGGGGUCGGCAUCGGGGAAUACUUACGGAGCAAACCUCUCCACAGUCUCUACACCUAGUUACACAUCUACCGAAAUGUUAAUCGAUCAUACCCAACCAAAUACUCCAUCGCUUUUAGAUAACACUCAGGGCAUACCGCUUUACCCAUCACAGCUCUCAUACUCCCAAUCAGCGGUCAUCUCGACAAAUAAUUCUCUGCCUGACGAGUUACCUUUCCUGGUCUAUCCACAAGAUAACGAAAGAAUAAUCGCGCACCAGACAGAGGCCACGAGUUUAUUUUUUCAGCCGCUUUUUAAUCAUGAUGAUUAUUACCUUUCGACCUCUAUAACAACACCUAUGCCGCAGAAGACACAAGAUAUAGACUCAGCGACCUUUAGUGUUGCCAAUGGAUACGCAGAGAGCGCAGACGCCGAUUUCACAACUGUAAAUAGUCCGGUCCUCGAAGGAGACGUUGAGCUUCGAGACAAAGAACACACAAUUCAUCCCAACUGCCAAAAUAAUUUUGGAAACCUCGCGCUUUCGAACAGUAUCAGAGCUAACGGGUAUCCAAGACAUAUACAGGACGCGCAAAUACGCAACAUCUUUGUGCCCAGCUGGGCUGCGACAACACUCAACACUGAACUGGAUCCGGGAGAGAUGAGCAAUGCAUUCGGCGACAUAUAUCAAAAGGCCACGAGCCUUCUCAAGCAAGGCGAGCCCGUUAAAAGGGUGAUUGGAGACUAUCCAAACAUUGCGGCACUGUAUGAUCAGGAUCAAUUUGACAGGUCGUGUUUGUUGUCACAAUGGGCUGCUCGUAUGGUUCAUAGUGUGAGAUUACAGGGAUAUGACUUUACCAGCUUUGCAUCAAUGAAUGUCUUUUGGUACAUGAUGCGGUGGAUGAUCAACCCAUCACCAGAAACAUACGCUGCGAUGCCAGAAUGGAUAAGACCGACUGCAAAUCAGCUAUUCAUGCCCCAUAUCAGCAUGGCCGACUUUGUCCUAUGGCCUGCAUUCCGCGAUCUCGUGGUGCAGUUCCCGCAGCUUCAAGAGCGCAUGGCUUGGCUGGCUGACAUGUCGAUGUACAUCCGAUGCGAGUGGCCGUAUGCGCUGGAAGAUGCGCUGAAACCAGAUCCCAUUAAUGGAACUGUUGAUCUUGUGGAUUUGGCUAAGGAGCAUAUUUGGAACCUGGGAUGUUGGUCUGUUGGGCCUUCAUUUAGAAAAUUCGUCAUAAACGCAGAUGCAUAUCUUCAGAUUAGAAAUAGGCAAUAAAUGCACUGUUGGGUCGAGCAAUGAUUAGCCUUGUGGAAUGGUGAGGUUGCUGUGCGUUUCGAUUGAUAUUCGAUUGGUACCCUGCACAGCUGAAUGCAGUGAGGAUCAAGGUCGGUGGCCUGUAUAUACCAUAUCUCUGUCCAAUUUCCCAUCGAAUCCUCUCACUACAGCAGGUUAAGCCUGUUUCGUCUUCCGUAGUAUAGUGGUCAGUAUGCAAGCUUGUCACGCUUGAGACCCGGGUUCAAUUCCCGGCGGGAGAGUCGCCACCUGUAAUAUGC